AAAACCUUUGCGAAGCGACUGAACAGUUGAGGCAAAUACUGCACUGUGGAGCCAAUCUGUAAAAUAAUAAUAUUUCAUUUGGAAAAUUGCCUGCGGAGGAUCGGCACGGACUGCGUAAUGAGCAGCUAGCAGGUAAACAGAUGACAUCAUUUAAAUUGUACGAGAGGAGGCUUUCUCAAGUGAAAGAGGCUCAAAAUCCAACCGAACCCCAAUUGUUUACAUAUAAAUAACAUAUAAAUCUUGUUUCAGACAUAAAAGAGUUCUCAUAAAUUCCUCAGGCUCCACAUCCAAGCCCACAAAGUGGUCCCCAUAUUCAGUAAAGAGCAAUUUGGAGCGCGACACUGUAAUUGAUUUCUGAAUUUCUACAUACAUUUGUCUCUCUUUUAGAGCAUCAACAGACGAGCUUAUAACACAGAUCUUGAAAUUCAGAUCUCGGAGAAAAUAGAUAUCAAGUGAGAGGUAUUGACAUAAAAUGUGAAGAUCUGAACUCAGUUUUAGGCUUUGGCAUUGUAUUCUACUCCUACUCAAAUGGACGAGGAAGAAGAAAGAGAGAACUUUUUGGAGCAACAACAAAAUAAUGAGAAUAAAGAUAAUGCAGCUCAGAUCAAGGCAGAAAGGGCCAGUUUUGAGAUGGGCAAAGAAUUGCAGGGCAUACGUGGAAGCAGAACCAGUAGAAGAAGAAGAAUAGACUUGGCGUCCAUUGAUAAGAGGUAUUGGUAUGCAUUAGCUCUCCCAGCGUUGUUCCUUACUAUAUAUUUUUCCACCAAUUUAAACACCUGGUUUGGUUCCACAUCUGAUCUCAAGGUCCAGUUUGCCCCUGACCAACCUAAAGAGGCGGAAUUGAGGGCCCUGUAUUUGUUGCACAAACAGCAGCAGGGCCUUCUAAAGCUUUGGAAUUAUUAUAACAACGCGACUUUUAAGACACCCAAUUCCACGCAUGUGAUAACCAAUGCCUCUUCUAGUAACUCCUCAAAUGGGUUUUCUAAUACCACAUCCCCUCCUCCAAUACCGCCUUUCAAUGCCACUUCCAAUGUGCCUUCUUCCCCUGAUGUCGGCUCUGAGAAUACUGCUGCAUUGAACCCAAGCUUUUUAUCCGGAGCUUUUGCUACGGAAUUACUAGCACAGAUUAAGCUAAACCAGGUGCUUCAGCAGACUUUAUUGUCACCAUAUCGGUCUGGGAAUGGAUCAGAUUCAGAGCAAUCCGGUGUUGAUUCAGCUCUCAAUUACUACGGUGAUAACAAUAACAGAUGCAAGCCACUAAGCCUCAAUCCAGAAAGGAAGACAAUUAAGUGGAAACCACGAAAGGAUCGGUAUCUCGUAGCAAUUUGCUUAUCUGGCCAAAUGUCAAACCAUCUGAUUUGCCUGGAGAAGCACAUGUUCUUUGCAGCCUUGCUCGGUCGAAUUCUUGUUCUCCCUAGCUCUAAAUUUGAUUACCAGUACGAACGUGUCUUGGAUAUUCAGCACAUGACCGACUGUUUGGGAAGCAAUACCGUGAUCACAUUUGAGGAGUUCUCUAACAGAAAGAAGGAGCAUUUACAUAUUAAUAGAUUGAUUUGCUACAUGGCUACACCACCUUGUUUUAUGGAUGAAGAUCACGUGAAGAAAUUUAAAGCAGUAGGGUGGACUGUUUUAAAAACAGAGGUUGCUUGGCCUGCUGAUGCUCAUCGGAAAGGCUAUCCCUCUCAUCCGCAUGCCGAGGAAAUUGUGAAAAGGUUUUCUGUUGAUGAUGAAGUUAUUGGAAUUGGUGAUGUUUUCUUUGCAGAUGUUGAGGAGAAAUGGGUAAUGCAGCCAGGUGGUCCCCUUGCACACCAUUGCAAGACAAUUAUCAGGCCGAACCAUUACAUCGUUUUGACUGCCCAGCGAUUUGUGCAAACUUUUCUAGGAGGAAAUUUUAUAGCUCUGCAUUUUCGCCGAUACGGGUUUCUACAAUUCUGUAAUUCGAAAGAAGAGAGUUGCUUUUUUCCAAUUCCACAGGCUGCAUCUUGCAUUCUUCGUAAAGUCCAGAUGUCCAAUGCACCUGUGAUUUAUCUCUCGACUGAUGCAGCGGCAAGUGAAACUGAUCUUUUACAAUCAUUUAUGGUGUCAAAUGGUCAGACAAUUCCACUAGUCAAAAGACCUGGUCAUGAUGGGAAGAUAAAAUGGGAUGCACUUCUUUAUCGACAUCAUCUUCAUUCUGAUGAUCAGGUAUUCGCCAUGCUUGAUAAAACCAUUUGUGCACUAGCAAGUGUAUUCAUUGGGACAUCUGGAUCCACUUUUACUGAUGAUAUAUUAAGACUGAGGAGAGAUUGGGGAACUGCCUCAGCUUGUGACGAGUUUCUGUGCCAAGGUGAGAAACCAAAUUUCCAAGCAGAUUUGCACUGAAAAGGAAAACCAUACACUGGGGUAACCCGUAUUGUGGGCAUUUGUAUGAAUCAUUGAUCUCCUUGGUUUGAAUUGUGUGUGUUCACUUGGCUUCUGCUUGUGAGGUUGUAAAGUAUAUUUCAGUAUUAUUCAGAAAUGCUAUUUUCUGCUUUUGUUGUA